AGGCGCGAGGGAGGCCGCCGUGUGGAGUCGUGCGGACAGUGCGUGGUGCCGGUGCAGGCGGUGCGUGGCGCGGGAGGGGCGGGCACGGCGCGGCCCGGGCGCCAGUCGUUCGGAAGCAAGCGGGCGGCUCGCGUCGCCCUGCGCUCUUUUGGUGCAUCGCUGCAACGCUGCGUUCGCGAACUUGUCAUCAGGUGCGGCCAAAGAUUUAUGUACAUUUCAGACUGAUUGACUUUAAAAGUGUGCGUUCAAAGUGCCUAACUUCAUCAGAACACUUGAGUAAAAGUUCAUUGAUCAAAACUGUAAUUUAGUGAAGUGAACUGAAUAAUAAAAUUUAAAGUGAAGAUUAUUUAAUUCGACAUUGGCGCGGUUACAUCACAGCGACUUUGGUAUCACACUACAAUGAUUUAAGUGAUGGGGCGUGGUGUGCGGUCGAGACGCAGGAGAGCGUCACGGUGUCGGGACGCGUGGUGGCAGGCGGCGUAGCGCGGCGCGGUGGCGGGUGCGCGCGCGGCGGCGCAUGCACGCCACCGGCCACACGGACCGCUCGGGCGGCGGCGGCGGUGGCGGCUCCUGGCGCCUCCCGCCCGACGAGACUCUCCAAGUUGCCGACCCCAAGUCUGCCAAAGAGGAGGAUCUGUACCAAGGGGAUGGCCACAACUGGAGGAGUAUAAUAUUUUCAUUAAUGGUCAUAGGUUUUGUCAUAGCCGGUAUUGUGACUGCUAUUUAUUUAUUAGGAUAUGUAGACGAAUUACUAUAUUGGUCGGGUCGUCGUAUGCGUUUGGACGAAUUUCUGCGGGGCGAUUUGACCGGAGAGCGUUUGCCGACCACCUGGGUGAGCUCUCAUCAGCUCGUGUACCAGGCCGACGACGGAGGUCUACUGGCUCUGGACACCUUCAACAACACGCUCACUGUGCUCGUGACGAACCAUACAUUGAGACAACUAAACGUCCGAUGGUACCAAUGCUCACCGAAUUUAAGAUACGUACUGUUUCAACACAAUAUCAAAGAGGUUUAUCGACGAACGUUUACAGCGUACUAUACCGUUUAUGACGUUACCAACGAUCACCACAUUCCACUGUUCGGAGAGGGACAGAGCAGCUGGGAGUGGCAACACGCGGCGUGGCUCGGUCCCGACGGGUCGCUGCUGCUAGCCGCUGACAACGAGGUGCUCGCAAGGCCCGGACCUCCCGCGCGGAGGGCACCCCUACUACGACUCACCAACGACUCCAGCCCUGGACGCAUUUACAAUGGAGUCUCAGACUGGUUGUAUCAAGAGGAGGUGACAAAGACUUCAUCCGCGACAUGGGGUUCGAUAGACGGCACGCUGGUGAUGUACGUGCAGUACGACGACAGCAGCGUGUCCGAGCUCCGGUUCCCGCGCAUCGCGGAGGGCAUCGGCGGCGCCGGAGCCUCGCGGACCGGCUUCCUGCUGCCCACGCUCAACAACACGCACCACACUGUUUUUCCAGAUCAUGUUACAAUCAGAUAUCCCACGCCUGGCAGUUCAAUACCAAAAGUCAAACUAUGGAUUGUAGCUGUUCUGAAUACAACAUCACCUCCUCGAUGGGAAGUGAAACCUCCGAGUACAUUAGAUGGAAUGGAAUAUUACUUCAUAUCAGCCCAGUGGGUGGGCAAAGAGAAUUCUCAUGUAGGUGUAGUGUGGAUGAACCGUGCACAGAAUCUCACUGUUUAUAGCAGUUGUUACGCUCCGAAUUGGACAUGUACAGAGUCACAUUCAGAGAAAGCGACAGAUGAGCCUUGGCUAGAAGUCCAUCAACAGCCAGUAUAUUCAGAGGACGGUAGCGCUUUCCUCCUACUAGCUGCAGUUCAAGAGGGUGGAGGACAGUACUAUACUCACAUCAAGCACGUUGAUGUCAUACGACAACGUAUAGCCGUGCUGUCGCAUGGGAAAGUUGAAGUCGCCGAAAUCCUGGCGUGGGACCAGGAAAAUAAUUUAGUUUAUUAUUUAGGCAGUGCAGAUAGACCUGGUCAGAGACAGGUCUACGUGGUCCGAGACCCUAAUUAUAGCGGUGGAAGUAACUCGGUGAAAGCUCGAGCAGAAAGGGAAGAGCCGCGUUGCCUUACCUGUGAGCUGGCGGUGUGGCCCGCGCGGUUGCAUUACGCCAACUGUUCAUUCUGGCGCGCCAUUUUCUCGCCGGCUAAGCCGAGAGUGGGGAUAACGCAUUACGUGCUGGAGUGCAGAGGUCCUGGACCACCGUUAGCGGGGUUACAUGAUGCUAGGACACAUAAGCUAGAAAGAAUUUUAUAUGACACGAGGCCUUAUAGAUCAGUUCGAUUGCGCGAGUUAGCGUUGCCUACUCGCCGGUCGUUCGAAGUACAGCUGGGCACGGGGUCCAAAGCUCGGGUCCAGCUGCUCCUGCCGCCUUCGUGGCGAGAGGAACUGCGUGAUGCUGCCUUUCCGGUGCUUGUUCAUGUCGACGGCAGACCGGGUAGCCAGCAAGUGACUGAGGAGUUUGUAGUGGAUUGGGGCUCAUACAUGUCGUCUCGCAACGACGUGGUGUACGUAAAGCUGGACGUGGCGGGUGCGCGCGGUCUACCCAGGGCCCUGCUGCGGGGUCGCCUCGGGGGAGUUGAAGUAGCUGACCAAUUGGCUGUUAUUAGAUAUUUGUUAGAAACGUUCAAGUUUUUAGACGUAACUAGAGUUGCUGUAUGGGGUUGGGGCUAUGGUGGGUACGUGACGGCCAUGUUGCUCGGCUCGCAGCAGACCACGCUGAAGUGCGGUAUUGCUGUUUCGCCGAUCACCGAUUGGCUUUAUUACAAUGCAGCAUUCACGGAGCGUAUUUUGGGCAAACCGUCCGUGAACUACAAAGGCUACGUAGAGGCGGACGCAUCUCAGCGUGCGCACCACGUGCCCGCGCAUGCGCUGUACCUCAUACACGGCAUGGCCGACAUGAGCGCUCCCUACCCGCACUCGCUGCAGUUAGCCAGGGCGCUCACUGACGCCGGCGUGCUCUUUAGAUAUCAGGCCUACGCAGACGAAGGGCACGACUUAAAAGGCGUCAUCGAGCACGUGUAUCGUUCAAUGGAAGACUUCCUUCGCGAGUGCCUCUCCCUCGACCCAGAAGACACCAAGUUGCCUCCUCCCGACAGAUAGAGAGAGAGAUCAAUGCCGAAAUAAAUCAAAUUGUUAUCAUUACUACUCUCUCUCUGUAAAUAUGUACAUUAACAUUAUAGUGCUUUAAUAAAAUGUGUUCCCCGUGUUUGGUUGAAUGCCAGUGUCUUAAAUGACUAGAUCGGUGAUGUACGAGAAGUGUGAUGAGAAAAAAAUUAAAUAAUUAAGUUUAUUUAAUUAUAAUGACGGUAUCGUACUUUUUGCUUUGAAAUUAGAAAUUGAAUUUGACAAAUACUUAAACGAUCGAGAUAUUUCACUUUCAAUGUUGAUUCAUCGUAUUUCAUAAACUUGCUUAAGCACCACUCGCCUAAAGCUCUUCGGAUUCACGGACUGCGAAGCACGUUAUCUUAUUAAACGUUCUACUUGCAUCGGUUCUAAGCUUCUAUUGUCAUGUUUUAUGGACCCAAAACACACACAUAUGAAACAAGUAUACAAGUACACUUAAAAAUGUCCAAAAAUACUGACUGCGGCCAAUAAAAGCCACAUCGAAGCUAGUGUAAAUUAAUGUGGCACAGUCAAUAUCUAUGAACGUUUGAGGAAUGUCGGACCACAUCUCUCGAAGGCCCAAGGCGUUGACCUCAAGAACCGAAAUGUGCGCAAUUAUUUUUUUAUUAAUAAUUACAUCGCCACCAACCACAUCAGAAAAGCUAUCUUAGGUUCCAGGUUUUUAUUUGAAACUACAUAGAUAAUUUUUGGAAAUAAAUUUAAGUCGACUGCCUUAUUGUGCUAUCAGACAACAGUCACACAGUUUUUCAAGCUUAUAUUAGAUACUUAUCAGAACUAUAGUUGUCCAAAUCUCCAUUUAAAUACAAAAUUAAAACAUUAUUCUUCCACAAAACACAUUCUUGGAAGUUCUAUCUAGUCGAGUACCGAUGCUUCAAGUAUUCUUAACUUUGAAUCAAUCUUCACCCUCUUUAUAAAUUUAGCAAACUGUAGACUUGCUCUCGGUAGGCAGCGAAUUGGCUCUGCCCCUGGCAUUGCUGAAGUCCAUGGGCGACGGUAACCAC